AUGCACUCCUGCCUCACAGACUUUUUGUUCUUUCUCACUAUCCCCUCAUCCCUCACUUUUCGUAUUCGUAUUCGUAUUCGUAUUUUUAUUCCUGCUCCUACUCCUACUCCUACUCAUCCUCCUGCCUAUCUUUCUUUCUGGCCUUGUUAUUGGGCCCUUUUUUACUGA